AGAGUCGACAACAACUACACAUUCCCGUUUGCCAAACAAACACCACUCCUGACAAAUCAACAUGACAGCUUCAAGUGCCAGCCUCGAGGAGCAAAAUCGGGUGGAUUCAGCCGAAAUCCAGAACCCGCAAGCUAUUGGAACUGAUUCGCUGAACGAGACAAAUUCACGAGCGGCGAACCUCAAUAGUUGGAAUAAGAACUCCAACUUUUGGGACACGACCCUCGGCGAAGGCAACGAUAUGUUCACGCAGCUCAUCCUGCCAACCAUAGAGGAGCUCGCAGAGGUGCAACCCCAUCAUCGAGUGCUGGAUCUGGGCACAGGCAACGGCAUCGUCGCCCGAAGACUUGCUCGAAGAGGCGUUGCCGUACUAGCAACCGAUUAUAGCCCCCAGCAGAUUAAAAACGCCCGAAAGCGUAGUCAAGAUUUGGGUCUGGCGAUAAGCUACGAACUCCUGGAUCUCCUGAGUCGAGAUGCGCUUGAUGCAUUUGCAGCUGAGCAUGCGGAGGAGUUUGACGUAAUUACGGGAAGCAUGUUGCUGAAAGAGCUCUCGGAUCUGACAGAGCUUUCAAAGUUCCUGCCAAAAGUGCUGAAACCUACUGGGAGAAUAAUCAUGGCGAAUUUGCAUCCAUGCUUUCACAAGCCUGGAGCGCAUCGUAUCAUUGAGGUCAUCGAAAAUCAAGAGACCGGUGACCAGGAAUUUCACACUUCAAUCAAAAUAUCUAAGUACCUGAAUAUUGGUCCCGUUCAGAGUCAAGCACUUAGAGGGCAGCCUGAACCACUUAUCUGGUUUCACCGACCCAUUCACCAACUACUCGAACCAUUCUUCGAUGCCGGUCUUCUCAUGAACAAAGUGAGAGAACCAUCUUUUGACGAUGGGGGCGAUCCCGGACAAGCACAGUCCUAUCACAAUUUCCCUCAAAUACCCAUGCAGUUCAUCUUCCGGCUUGUCAGGACCUCAUGAUAUGACAGCAGAAGGGAAUCUUGUUUGCAAGAGCGAAGAAAUGGAAUUAAUGCUUGAAGAGUAAGCUUGCUCCCGCGACCUGAUAUUGCAAGCUUUGAAUGAAUACUACGAAAGUAUGACCCAGCGAUAGCGGCGGUGCAUAGAUCCUGCUUGGAGACUAGAGGUGGACAUUCCAGCGUAUUAACCUUCUCGAGAAGCUUACCUACUGACAUGCCGAUGCUAUUUUAUUCUCAUGAAAAUGAAAAUAAAUUGUGCGCGAACGCCAGCUCUAUGGCUGCUUCGAACCUGGAGCGUUAGACAGGAGACACGAUACACUGCUGCCUGGUGC